AUGGCUGAGAUUCCUACCCCGCCAGCCUCGUCCGCGACGCCUUCACAACACGCAUCACCUCUACCUCAACCACGCAAACACCCACUGAAGCCCGGCGGACCAAGGGAGUCUGAUUUGAUUCGAUACCUGGAUCAUGGCGUAAACCGCAUUCAGAAGCGAGUGGACAAUCGUAUGACGAACCGCAAGCUCAAACCUGCACCGGGCGAGGAGGAAGGAUACAAGGCGUUUUGGGAGGUCGCGAAGGAUCUCGAUGGCCUUGUGGAUGUCGUCUGGGUAUCUGGGUCACCAAACCUCCAGAUCCCCUAUUUGCUCAACUUUGCCGUCCUUACCGCCGACUUCCUCCCUCUAUUCGGAUCUUCAACGCGUUCUGCACAGGCCACCUUCCGCCUGCUCUCGAAGCUCGAUUACGCCUUCUCCUCACUGCUUACUGGCCACGACACUGCGACAGGCGAGCUUUUGUCAGGUUUCGAGAAUGGCCGUACAAUUACCACAACAGACAAGGUUCGCUUGAAGGGCGUUGUAGACCGUACUCGACUUACGGUUACACGAGCGAUGAGUGGGGAUAGCGUGGUUGGCGACGAGGAUGAUGUCGGUGAGGCAAUGGAUACCGAUACCGAAGGAGAAGGACAGGCAAGCGGACGUCAAGGCACCGUGACCUUUGAAGGCUUCGAAGAUAAUGACGACGAUGAGGAAGAUGACGAUUGGGAAGAGCGUGGUGUUGCAAGUGUGUAUGAAAAGACAAUAGGCGAGCUAGGCGAUGUUCUAGGCGGUCCACCGAUUGGCAUUAUUACUGACGAUUGGGGCGUUAAUGGUACUGAGCAGCAAAGAAGCGGCGGAGGCUUCGUUGAAUCGGGGGGUGAAGUCGAGCUCUGA